AUGUGCCUGUCGCCGGCGCUGCAGAGCGGCGAGGACAUCGUCAGCCACCAGCUCGAGCUGCAGUCGAUCUUGCACGGUGUGCACCAGCGCUACGCCGGCCGCCAAGGGCGGUACAACAAGCACGACACGGCGCGGCUCCGCUACAUCAAAAACACCGCCUUCCCGGGCCUGCGCUUCGGCAAGAUGGUGCCGGAGCGAGACAUGGCGAUGCUCAGCCCUCUCCCACCGUCGCGGAUCGCCCGUCACCUCGCCUCUCCGCAGGGUCAUCUCUCGCGCCGUCUGCAUCUCUCUGCCGUAGGUGCUCCUGUCGACGCUGCCGCCGCUGCCACCGCUACUGUCACCGCUCGUUUGAUAAUCGACGCCACGCUUAGCGGCAGCGAGAUCCGAGGUUGA